AGUGGUGGAUCAGUGAUGGACGGAUGAAUGAAGUAGGAAGUUCCUCGGUUCCUCGGUUCCUCCGUUCCUCCAGACACCCUCACACCCAGGUUCAGCAGGCAGUAGGAUCUGGAGAUGAAUCUGAAGGUGGGCAGGCUGCUGGCGGAGGGUCACAUCGUGGCUGGACUGCUGGUCAAUCUGUUCUCCUCCAUAUGCAUCGUCUUCAUGAACAAGUGGAUCUACGUGCACUAUGGCUUCCCCAACAUGACCCUCACCCUGGUGCACUUCGUGGUGACCUGGCUCGGACUCUACGUGUGCCAGAAGCUGGACAUGUUCCACCCGAAGAGCCUGAGACCUUCCAGCAUUCUUCUGCUGGCACUGAGCUUCUGUGGCUUCGUGGCUUUCACCAACCUCUCCCUGCAGAACAACAGCAUUGGCACCUACCAGCUGGCCAAAGCCAUGACCACCCCGGUCAUCAUCCUCAUCCAGACCGUGUUCUACAGGAAAACCUUCUCCAACAAGAUCAAACUCACCCUGGUGCCGAUAACGUUGGGCGUGAUCCUGAACUCCUACUACGAUGUGAAGUUUAACCUACUGGGAAUCGUCUUCGCCACACUGGGAGUGCUGGUCACCUCUCUGUAUCAAGUGUGGGUGGGAGCGAAGCAGCACGAGCUACAGGUGAACUCCAUGCAGUUGUUGUAUUACCAGGCCCCCAUGUCCUCCGCCUUCCUCCUCACACUCGUCCCCUUCUUCGAACCUCUGACCGGGGAGGGCGGCAUCUUCGGCCCCUGGUCUCUGCCAGCGCUGGUGAUGGUGUUCCUCUCGGGCAUCGUAGCGUUCCUGGUGAAUCUUUCCAUCUACUGGAUCAUCGGGAACACGUCGGCCGUCACCUACAACAUGUUCGGGCAUUUCAAGUUCUGCAUCACGCUGCUGGGCGGGUACGUCCUCUUCCACGACCCGCUCUCCUUAAACCAGGGCCUGGGCAUCGGCUGCACCCUCUGCGGCAUCCUCGCCUACACUCACUUCAAACUGGCCGAGCAAGAGGAGGGAAAGAGCAGACUGGUUCAGAGACCGUAGGUCAGCCGCCGUGCCAGUCAUUAGAGAUCCACCCCACGGCUGGCACUACCUCAUGCUGCCUUACAGACUGCAGGAUCUGCUGAGACUGAAACAUGGACCAGAUGCAAAACUCUGGGACCUUCUGACUGAGACAUUUCUGAUGUUUUGAUUGGUUGA